AUGGAGAUCGAGCAUCUUCGGGAGCGAAACCGCUUGAUCCAAUCCUUCGAAGCAACGGAUCACCAGAGAAGGACUCACCCGCCAUCACGUACCAACGCCACCGUGGACAAGGGUUGCGACGAACGGUGCCACUGCGAGGAGGACGGCAAAUGGCGCUGCGAGGCCCGUUGCGGCCGGCCAUUCGUGAAACGCGGCAAAACGGCUCUGGCAGCCGGUUGCUACGAGAAUCCCUCCAAAACGGACGAGUGCUGUGCCACGCUAAUCUGCCCUUCAGAGCGGUUCACCGAUGGACGUGUCGAACCGACGCCCGUCUCGGAGGAACCGACCACCGCCAAGGCGAUCGUGACGAGCUGCAUCUACAAGAACCGCUCGUACGACAUCAACGAACGGAUGGAGAUCGGUUGCGAGCAGAUCUGUACCUGCAACAGCGAUGGUGAGAUGGAGUGUGCUCCACGCUGUGCUCCACUUAACUCGACCCGCCCAGAACAGUGCGUCGUCCUGCCUGACCCACACGAUCCUUGCUGUAAGCGCGAGUUCUGCGAUGUCACGCUGGACGACCACGAGCAGAGCAGCGGUGUGAUGAUGAUGAUGGCACCGGCUUCAUCUUCAUCGUCACCUUCGACGACGGUGGUGCCGGAACGGGAUGGAAAAACACCCGGACCGGAAGCUGACCACCGGUCCACCGGAUGUAAGUUCAAAGGCCGCACGUACCAGCUGAAUGAUCAGUUCCACGACGAGUGCAACGCGCUGUGUCUGUGUACGGAGGCUGGUGUGCACUGUGCCAAGAUCGAGUGCCCGUCUGAGUUUGGGUUGGACGUGCUGGAUCCGCACUGCCUCAAGUGGGGUCCGGAUCCGGCCACAUUCCGUGCGAUCGCACCCCGCUGUUGCCCGGAGCGGAUGCGUUGCAUCGACAAUGGGACGUGCGAGUAUAAGGGUCAGUUCUUCGAUAACUGGUCGGAUAUACCGAGCAAUUUGACGGGUUGCGAGCAGCACUGUUACUGUGAUACCGGCAUCGUCGAAUGUCGACCGGCGUGUCCUGCCGUGCCAGCGACGCCACCUUCUCAUCUACCGUGUAGCCCACGGAACGCCCGGUUGAUGCCGAUUCCGGGUGAAGAAUGCUGCCAGCACUGGACUUGCAGUGUCAACACCGAUAACGGUCUGGCCAGCGGCAGCGACGUGUUGAAGCCGCUGCUUAUGCCGGGCACGAUCGGGCAAUUCCUGCCAACGAAACCGCCUCGCACGGACGCGAAACCCCCACCGGACGCGCCCGGGAAGGAACCGACGCCCUUCUACCCGACGGUGGACGGAAAACCACCGAAGGUACCGCAGGACAAACCCCACAAAAAGUACCCCAAGGAGUUCGCCGGUAAGAAGGAUCACUUCAACAACAUCUUCGGUGGCGCCCAACCUGAGGAGCCCGAGCUGGACGAUGGCAAGUACGAUUACGGCAGCUACGAGGACGCGAUGAAACCGGCCACGCUCGGUGUGCAACGUCCCGGUCCGCCCGGGUACUAUGGGCCGGAAAUCAAGCCCCACUACGGUGCUGAUUUUCACCCGUAUCUGCACCCGGCUUCGGCAGGCGUCCAACCGGCCGGACAACCCGUUCCGACGGCACCCGGUCAGCCGGGACUACAUCCUGGCCAGCAUCAGGCGAGUGCGCUCGAUAAGCAGCUGUUGAACGUGCUGGGACCAAACGGACCGGGUAGUUUACCGCCCAACAUCCGCAUCGAGCAGCUGCUGCAGCACAUCCACGGGCAGGAUCCGAAUCUGCCACCGCAAGGACCUCCAUUGUUGCAUGGCCAGAGCCUCCCGAAUGGGCCGCCCUUUGGGCCGGUUGGAUCGCAACCAUCGACGGGCAACGGCAUCAACUACAACCAGUACGGUGCCGGCACACCCGCUGGUGGGCUAGCGUUCUCCGGACUGCAAGUCGACCUGAAAGUGCUCGCCCUGGACGCGAUCGAUGCGAACACUGUGCGUGUCAUUUUCCUCGUGCCGCAGGUGUACGUGGGACUGCAUGGUCGCGUUGAGCUGCGAUACACGCGCACUCGCAACAACGACACCGCCACAUGGCAAUCGCAGGUGUUCGCACCUCCGGACGAUCUGAUCGCGACACCACAGCUCGAGUUCGAGCUGCCAGGACUGAACGCCAACACGGAGUAUCGCGUGAAGAUCACGCUUAUCCUGCGAGACGUCAACUCGCAACCGUCUAGUCAGAUCUACACCGUCCGUACUCCCUCGGAUCGCGUGAUCACGCCACCACCCGCGAUCGGUUCCGGACACUUCCCGCACAUGAGCCACCCAACGAACUUUCUCAAGGAGAUCAUCCAGGAUCCGGAGCUGCGAGCUGCCGAGGUGAACGCGACUUGGGCGAAGAUCGCAUGGCGCAAGCUGGAUGAUGAGGAGCUCGAUUACGUGGACGGUAUACAGCUACGGUACCGUGAGAUCGACAGUGUCGUGUACCAUGCGACCCCACUCAUCCACCGGGCGUUGAGUGAAUACACCGUGGAGGGUUUGCAGCCACAAACGCGUUACGAGGUGGGCAUUUUCUUCAUACCGUUUCCGGGUCACGGUGAAGAGGUGCGGGCUGGUGACAUGCUACCGAUCACCACCGCCGAGCGGAUCGACGUGUACGGAUUCGAGGUGGUGGUGAACGCCAGCAAGAUCAAAGCCACCAGCGUCGAGGUGAGCUGGUUGGGUGUGCCCUACCCUGAGGACAAGUACAUCAAAGGACCGAGCUUUCUAUGGCAGACGGAAAAGGAAUGGCCAACUUCCUCGACGCUACCCAACUCUUUACCAUCCACCGAGCAACAGCUCGUGCUCUAA